UUUUUAGCCUAAUCGAUAUUAUUAUUCAUAGCAUCAUGUCUGAUUUAAUCGAAAAAAAGAUAUUUCUACAUCAAAAUAAAAAUCGACAUAAUUAUAUCAUAUAAUAUUCACAAAGUUAGUUCAAACACACUCUUCAACUGCUAAUAAUACAAAACAAUUAUUGUCAACAGUAUUCGAAUAUGUUUGAAUAAGAAAUGAAAAAUAAGAUGAGAAAUGCGAUAAGAAUAACUUCUUUUGAUACAUCUGAUUAUGAAAAUAAAAGUGAAACAUAAAUAGAAGGAUUCGCUUUCAUUUACAUACGUGUAAGAACAUCGAAAUAACAGGACAAGGAAUACUGGCGCUGAUUUCAAGCCGUUACGUCCGGCUUCUUCCUCUUUUCCCGCGGAAACGGCGCUUGGUGCGGACACAGAAAUUGAAAGCUUUGAUAAUAUCCACCCAGAGAGUAUCGCGAAAAAGCGACUGCUCAAAUAAGAUAGGAGAAAGAGAAAUCCCGGGGCGGCAUCAAGUGAGGGCGAAAUAACUAUGAGUGCAUGCAACUGAUGAUGCUAUCAAUCUGAGAAGAGGUUUAGCAAAAUCGAACGCAACUUUGAAUCAACAUAGAAUUGUCGAUUCUGAUAAUCUGAGAGGAAGAGGAGGUCUGGGAGAAGCAUUGGGCGCCAGCGGAGCAAUCUUGGGAUCAACGUUAGCGUCGAUGCAGCCAACUCCAUUGCUGCGCAUCGGGUGCGUUACUACUAAUGAAGACGUCGUCGUCGAAGAAGUCAUCGUUGUGAAAGAAGGCAUCGUCAUCCAUAUCUGGCACAGCACAAUGAACUCGAUAAAUUAGUGUGAUAAACUAUUGAACAAAUUAAUUCCGGUAAUUCAAAAAUCUAAGACGUUCGAAUGCCGUGCAAACCGUCGCGGGUUAAGUGCGGGUGCGUUGUAUAAAGUAUCGCGUUCAAUUGCGGGAGUGUCGUGCAAAGUAUCGCGCGUCGAAAGUUUGUUGCAUCAUCGCGUGAUAUCCCAAUUUUGUAAUUGUAAUCGAGAAUAUCGUACCACCGAUGCCGACUAAGUGGGAUGUCUCAUUGAGACGUUGCCUAUGCAACGUUCUCAAGUCUUGUGUGUCGCGACACGAGAUAAUGCCGGUCGCGUACGUAUGUUCAUGUAUGUAUAUACAUGGGUUGCGCGAUUUUGAGCUUAGGCUCAAGUAUCGGCUGAUUGAGGUCACGCUCUGCCUCGACAAAUGGUUCGAUCCGAAUCGAUAGGAGUUGGGUCGAUCGUCUUGGAAUCGUCGCUAAUGAGUCCCUUCUCUUGUACCGUCAGCAAUAUAUGUAUCGCAUUGAGAAGAGUUGACUGGAUUAAUUAGGCCCGAUUUUCGCUCGCUAGAGAAGUUGAGCUCCCAUUUUCUAAGUUGUCUAGAUUGUUAACACUUAUCAAAUGGGUAUCUUCUUUCUCGAUGCGUCUCCCUGCCUUUUGAUAUCACCUGUGGUAUAGCACCCUGGUGUCUCAUCUGAAAUCGUGCCUAAUCAAAUUCAAGUAAACCUGAGAUGCGAACAAGAGUCGAGCGAAUUUCAUUCUCGUCGAUCUCAUUCGAUGGAAUCAAUCUUCUUUUGAUUUGGAUUUAACCCUUGCUCGAAGAUAACGUUGAAUUCCCGAGUUGUCGGCUCGUUGUAUGAUUCUCGCGCGAAAUGGGAUAUUAUUCGCGAUCGCGAAAUUCGGGAGUGCCAAGUAAAGUGUCGCGCGUUUUAGUGCGGGAGUGUCGUUAAAAGUAUCGCGCGUAUAAAUCAAUGGACUUUGACAACGGAUGAUUCUGACUAAUCUGAGAGGAGGAGCAGGUCUAGGAGACAUCAUCCGGCGAAGACACCUUGGGAUUAACAUAGAGACAGCUAACGAUCCAGACAACUGAGAGGAGGAGGAGGUCUGGGAGAGGCAUCGGGCGCCAGCGGACCAACCCAAAGAUCUACAAGGUUCGAGUAGGCAACUCCGCUGUGCGUCGGAUGACAGGGUGCCGGAGAGUGCAAAAUUUUCCAAGGUAGUACGCGUGAAUACAAGAGAGAAAGAAUAAUGCAGUAGGUGAAGACAAGACAGAUUGAACAAAGAUUCAAGUGGGAGUAAAACGAUACGACUCGAAGAGAAAGAAGAUGAGAACGAGAUUACAGAAUCACAUGUGAGGAAGACGGGAUGAAUGAGACGACUGAGAGAUAGUGGAUCAAGAGAGCAGGAAAAGUAUUGGUUCGUUCAUAGAUGAAGGGUGAAGAAAAUAACAAAAGAGAAGACUAUCUACACUGGAAAAAGAAUACAUUAGUUCAAAAUGCAAAAGGGAGGAAUGCAUAGAAACGAAUGCGAAGUAAAUAGGGAAUCAGAUCGACGUCAGAGCAACGAAGAUAGUUGAAGAACGAAGGAUCAAGCGAGAUGAAAAAUAAGAGCGAAACUACGUGGAAGGCAACCUGUGAAUCGGAUAAACGAAGAACGCGCUUCGACGAGUGCGAGAAAGAUAAAAAAGUCCGAGAAGUUAAGGGAGAACUCGGGAUUGAGAGAGAAAAAGAGAGAAACAGAAGGAGAGAGAAAGGGAUCGAGAUAGAGCUUCGCAGAUAAAAGAGGGGGUGCGCUUUCCCGCGAAGGGUGAGAGGAAAAAGGCCAGGGUGGGAGAGCUAGCUACCACCGCACAGCUACACCCACGGUGACGGUCGAGGCGGAUCUCAGUCGUCCGCGCACCCUCGAACGGUGAGGGUGGUCGUGCUCGGUGGUGAAUAGUAUCCAUCUCGUAGCUUUCGCCGCUGCCAGCACCAAGUGGUGCGAGCCACGUCACACUUCGCCUGUUUCAGCUGACCUCCGAUCUGUGCAACGUUUCCCGCCGACGUCACAGCUGUGCGGGCAUUCGACCUUUGGCGACUGACAAAGGAAGCAACGAAGCGUGCACACAUCCGAUCGUCAUCCCCGUAGUUCUCCCGAGCAUUGAUUUUGCUGCGCCAAUCAAGAGAGCUCGGCCCGCGCGCUACUGAAAAGGAGACAGAACGAGAUAAAGCCCGGCUAGUCGGAUCGGAAUCCAACGACUCGUGUAACUCCGCUGGAAUCGAAAGAAUUGAGAGCAAUUAAACAUCUGAACAAUGUGAGAGGAAUAUAUGGACGGACACCAAACAGACUGUGUAGAUUCGGCGAAAUUACGAACACGUGGCGAGACGUGAAGCGGGCGUUGAGCCUGCUGUGCGUAAAGAAAUUUUCCGGCAGCGCAACAAUGCUGGAGGCGCCGCCUGGAAGUCGCGAAGAUCUCGUAGAGGCGGCAACAACUCCAUGUACACCUACUGAUCUGGACACAAUGCUGUAUGGUUACACUAACGGCAUAUAUGUGCUGGACCACACGCCUGAAUCCUUGCCGGACAUGGAUAUGCUGCAACUGUUCGCGUCUCCGGCAGGUCGAGCGCUGCUCACGAGCGACAAUCGGCCAAGGGGAUCGACAUCGACUUCCUCCUUGUCUCGAGAAUCCUCGUCGAGGCUGAAGGGCGGCAGGAGAUCAUCGGGCAACGGCACAGUUAGCGCACCAACGUCACCACCAAGACGACGAAAGUCAAGCGCAGAACUUUAUAAAGAGGCGGUUGAGAUUCUCGGCCUCACUUGCUCACUAACCGAUAGUUGCCGAUGCAUCGAUUGCCAGAGCAACUAUUUCGACUGCGAAGACGAUUGUGCCGACGCCGGUACAGAAUUGGCUGCAGGCACUCCUAUUUUAUUGGACCACGCUCUGUCGCAUCAUCUGACUGUGUGUUCCAUACAGUAGCAGGCGACCAAGCAGACAAAGACUUCGAAAUCGGCCCUCUGUUAAUCCGCUCUGCCACAUGUUCUAGAAGAGGAAGAUGACGUUAUUGGCGUGUCGACUUCUUUCGACAAUUGCACAACAUUCGCGUUAAAAUCAGCAGCAAUCAGCGAGACUGAGAGCGGACAGAGCGGCAACGAUAUUACAUAACAAUCGAAUAUAUAACGGAAAAAUGGAGUCGUUUAUUUUUUGUUCCAUAGAGUUCACGCAAACAUACAUGCGCUUGACAAAUAAUUUAUCUAACAAUUAAACGAUUGGACGAUUAUUUGCUCAACACGUAUAUAUCGGACAAAUGCAGAAUUGGUCUUUGCAGAAAAAUUUUCAUCCAAACACAUCCGAAUACAAUUAUUUCGUAAUAAUACACCAUGAAUAUCGACGAAUUUAUAAAGUAAGUGAUUAUAGAGUUGAUCUUUGAUACUAUUAUUUAAAUAUGUUUCAUAUUUUUUUUAUCUCAUAUUAUUUUAGUAACACAACGACUUUUAUAUUUGUAUUUUCGAAAAUUCAAUUCUCAAAAAUUGCGUUCAGAAACGACGAGAAAGUACGGUUCAAAAAUUAGAUAAAUAAAACUAUGCCAAAUAGCGCCAAAUUUACGAUAGGAUAUCUUAAUUAAUAAUUAGCUUGCGCCGCGUUUCGUCAUCCAUCGGAUAAACGUAUCGAUACUAUUUAAUCGAAUUGCCCACACAUGCGCGGUAUAUGAAUUCUAUAUUAUAUACAUACAUGUGUAUACAAACGUGCAUAUUAUAUUUACACUAUAUGUUUUAUUAUUAAUAUUUACGUAAGAGUUUAGUGAAAUACGAUUGUGGAACAGUGCUCGUAGAGAGCUAGAUAAAAAAAGAUGAUUCAGACGGUGGAAAUUAAUUUGUUCGAAAUUAUAGAUUUUACAUACGUGUCAUGCAGUUCAUUAUAUGUCUGAUUAAGUCUUCUAAAGAAUAAAUCUUCUUCUAUCGAGAACUCUUCACGUUGAGUUAAGAAGGUGCAAAUAAUGAUAUAAAUAGGUAUGCAUAUAUACGAGCAGAAGUUUCCUCAAUCUUCAGAAUUUGCAUUGCGCGAAAAUACAAUGCGAUUGCAUGUAAAACAAUUUAUCGGACAUUUUUCAUCGUUAUAUAAGCGUAGUUCUCGUAAAACAAUUAAAUAAUAAAUUAUAGAAGAUUGAGGACUCAUAUACAUCACUCGUAGCAUAUAAUUGUAAUUGUAAGCGAUGUAACGAUAACCAAAGUGUUAGGCCUGAAUUACGUUGCGCACUUCGAGUUGAAUGACGCAAAUAGAGAGGUAUGAAUGAGAGCAAGCAUCGUUCUUGCCAUGGAGGAAUUAAAAAAAAGCUUAACAAUAUACGAAAGCAGAAUUUUGAAGGUCAAGUGCCAAAUAAUUCGUUGCUAAGCUUGCCAGAUAAAUAAUCGAAUUGUUAAGAAAACUAUCGCGUGUAUGUUGAUUAAAACGUUACGCUAUAUAUUCGAACACUCCGAUAAAAUUUUAUACUAAACUGGAAAAAAAAUAUCUACUUCCAGAUUUAAGCUAUAGGAAUCUGCGCGAUAAACAUUCUGCUCGCAAAACUUUUCGGCAUUAAAAGCGUGUAUCAAAUUUUUAAUUUGUUGAAUAAUAUGUGGCAUUUUAUUGAAUCAUCGCAUUUUAUCCCUUAAAUGUAAUUAUAUAAUACUGUAUCUUUUAAACAUUUUGUAACUUAUGAGAUUUUUAAAAAGUAAAAAAAGUUGAAUUCUAAGUUAUUUAUAAAUACAGGAAUAUUUCUAGAAAAAAAUUUUAAACAAAAGAUGUUUCAUAAUUGAUGAAGAAGCUACUAUUAUACAAUUUUUAUGAAUUUCAUCCGAUAAAACUUUUAUUAUUGCCUAAUUAAAUACGAUUCAACAUUUCGAAUUCGAUAUUUAAAUAUUUUAUUACUGUUAAUUGCAUUUGAUGCGUUAAUUAUUCGUCACGUAAUUCUGUGUUUCUAAUUUAAAUUUUUAUCUCUAUUAUUUAUAGAUCCGUGUAUAAGUUCGUGUGGUAUUAUAAGGUCUAGAUGAGACAAAUCUAGUCUUUGCUCGUUCAAAAAACGUUUUUGCGUAAAAGCAAAUGUGAGAAAUUCAUCAGAACAAAAUAGAGCGCGAUAUUUUUAUCUUUAGAAUUUUAUAAUUUUGCAAAAAUCUGCAAUUUUACUAUCGUCUUGCUAUCGUCAUGUUUUGCAACAAAAUACUGUCGAUAGUAAACAUAAUAAAAAUAGUUAUGACGACCUAGCCAGAGUCAGUAAUGUCAAGAUUCUUCUGAUUCGCGAACCAAGUAGGUUUCGUGUUCUUCUUAAACUAUACGCGAUUUAUUAUCAUUGUGGUUAAAAUCAUGAAAAUAGAGAAUCUUUCUGAAAAUAAUGUAAUUUCUUUUCAGAUAUAUGUGAAAAAAGGCACAACUCUGCGAAAUCGUCACCGGAGAUAAAGUAACUGUCUUUAGUGAUCGAACUUUUCAUUGGAAAGACGUUCUAAAAACAAAGCUAUAGAUUUUAUACAAAUAUCAUGUAAAAUUAAAGUAGUAUAGGUACAUGCAGAAUCAUCAUCUUAAUAUAAUUUUCGUCAGCUACAAAGAAAAGAUUAAGAAUUUCUCAUUUCGAUGACGUAAUGAAGAGAUUUCUAUUAUGUUAGAAAGUGUCUAAAAUAAAUGAUCGAUUAUCCCAGAUGGCAUUUUCUCCUCCGUGCAUUAAUGGUUGAUUGAUCAAUAGCAGCGAACACCAGAUGACAUUUCACUGAUGUACCUUUUUUCACUUCAAGAUGAUUAUUUAUCUUCAUUAAGAAGGCGUGUGACAGCAAAGUGUUGGUAUGAUUGAGAUAUUAUCAGUAAUGUUAUUAGGUAUAGAUAAGAAGAAAAGGAACAAUCUUUAAGUAGAUGUGAAGUGGGAGAAAGCCACGAAAUCAAAAACUAAUUCUUAUAAUUAAUAUAUCAAUUAAGAUAUUCUGUAAAAUCUAAUUUUUGUUUCAAAUUUUUGUAGACGACGUCGCAUAUAAAAAUUUAUUAUUGUCAUGUGUAUACAUUUAAAGAAUAUUAUUAUUUUAAACAUGUUUAGUAUAAAAUUAUGUUUACUACUUUAUUAAUUAAAUAUACAUAAUAUUGUAUUAUUGCUUGUAGAUAUAUAAUAUAAUUAAUAUUUUAUUUAAUAUUUUGGGCUUUCUUCCGCAUACAUCCGCAGUCAAUCAAGUUUUAGAAUGCACAUCCGUUACGUCGGAUUGGCUUCUUCUCAUCGACGAAAGUAACAGCGCAAUUAAUAAUCUUUUCAAAUAUAUUCGAGAGUCGCGAGAAAUCUCGCGAGGGUAUGUAACGCAAAAUCUGUGGCUUCUAACCAUUUUAUAGUAAUAUAAAUUGCGAGGAAAAGUACGAGAAGGAAAUCCUCGCGAAGAGUCGCUACGGCGUACUCUUGAAUAAGAGAGACUAUUAUUAAAGUACGAUACAAUAUACUUGACUCUCGUUUUAAUA